GACACUUUUCAAUCCAGAGUGUACCCUCUUCGCUACAGCAUACAGCUAAAAGAGAGAGAGAGAGAGAGGCCUUCACUUCACCUGCCUUUGGUGUUCAUCAAUGGCGAGCAAGAGUCAAACCCCUGCCGGUGGUGGUUUAGAGGGAGAAAAUUUCACAAAUGGAGGCUCACAAGAGCAUGAAAGUUGUCCUAUAGAGGAGGUGGCUCUAGUGGUGCCGGAAACCGAUGACCCAACACUUCCAGUGAUGACAUUUCGUGCCUGGUUUCUGGGUUUAACUUCAUGUGUGCUCCUGAUAUUCCUGAACACUUUCUUCACCUACCGUACUCAGCCUCUCACAAUCUCAGCCAUUCUUAUGCAGAUUGGUGUCCUGCCCAUUGGCAAGUUCAUGGCCAGGACCCUUCCUACCAAGGAGUAUAAGAUUUUUGGGUGGGGUUUUACUUUGAAUCCUGGGCCUUUUAACAUCAAGGAGCAUGUGAUCAUCACUAUCUUUGCUAAUUGUGGGGUGUCUUAUGGUGGGGGAGAUGCAUACUCGAUUGGUGCCAUUACGGUUAUGAAGGCUUAUUAUAAACAAAGCCUGAGUUUUAUUUGUGGGCUCCUCAUAAUCUUGACCACCCAGAUAUUGGGGUAUGGAUGGGCUGGGAUGCUUAGGAGAUAUCUGGUUGAUCCUGUUGAGAUGUGGUGGCCUGCAAAUCUUGCUCAGGUUUCUUUAUUUAGGGCACUCCAUGAAAAGGAAACAAAAAGUAAAGGCAUGAGUCGUAUGCGGUUCUUCCUUAUAGUGAUGACAGCAAGCUUUCUUUAUUAUGCGCUGCCUGGCUACUUGUUCCCAAUAUUGACAUUUUUUUCAUGGGUCUGCUGGGUAUGGCCUCACAGCAUCACAGCUCAACAAGUAGGGUCAGGCUACCAUGGGCUUGGAAUUGGUGCUUUCACCCUUGAUUGGGCUGGGAUUUCAGCAUACCAUGGCAGCCCCUUGGUGGCACCCUGGUCUUCCAUUCUCAAUGUUGGGGUUGGCUUUGUGAUGUUUAUCUACAUAAUAGUUCCUCUGUGUUAUUGGAAGUACAACACUUUUGAUGCUCGGAAGUUUCCAAUAUUCUCUAAUCAGCUGUUCACUUCCAGUGGUCACAAGUAUGAUACCACAAAGAUCUUGACCCCAGAUUAUCAACUCAAUGUACCUGCUUAUGAUAGUUAUGGGAAGCUCUAUCUUAGCCCUCUUUUUGCCCUGUCGAUUGGAUCAGGAUUUGCAAGGUUUACGGCGACUCUCACUCACGUGGCACUGUUUCAUGGAAGAGAUAUUCUGAGACAAAGUAGAUCAGCCAUGAAAAAUGUGAAAUUGGACAUUCAUGCAAAAUUGAUGAAAAGUUACAAAGAAGUGCCUGAAUGGUGGUUCUACAUUCUACUGAUAGGGAGCAUUGUCCUAUCUCUAUUGAUGUCUUUUGUAUGGAAAAAAGAUGUACAGCUGCCAUGGUGGGGUAUGUUAUUUGCCUUUGGCUUGGCGUGGAUUGUUACUCUUCCUAUUGGGGUCAUUCAAGCAACUACCAACCAGCAACCAGGAUACGACAUAAUAGCACAGUUCAUAAUUGGGUAUGUUCUUCCAGGGGAACCAAUUGCAAAUUUGCUUUUCAAGAUUUAUGGGCGAAUUAGCACAGUCCAUGCUCUUUCUUUCUUAUCUGACCUUAAACUUGGGCAUUACAUGAAAAUACCACCACGGUGCAUGUAUGUGGCUCAGUUGGUGGGAACUCUGGUUGCUGGAACUGUCAAUCUUGCAGUUGCAUGGUGGAUGUUGGAGAAUAUUGAAAACAUCUGUGAUGUUGAAUCACUCCAUCCUGAAAGUCCUUGGACCUGUCCUAAAUACCGAGUUACUUUUGAUGCUUCUGUCAUCUGGGGUCUGAUUGGUCCGAGACGACUCUUUGGACCUGGAGGGAUGUAUCGGAAUUUGGUAUGGCUAUUCCUUAUUGGUGCGUUCUUGCCGGUACCAGUCUGGAUACUGAGCAAAAUGUUCCCUGAGAAGAAAUGGAUUCCACUGAUAAAUAUACCAGUUAUAUCUUAUGGGUUCGCUGGAAUGCCACCUGCAACUCCCACCAAUAUAGCAAGCUGGCUGAUCACUGGAACAAUCUUCAAUUACUUUGUAUUCCGAUAUCGCAAACACUGGUGGCAGAAGUAUAACUAUGUUCUAUCUGCGGCAUUGGAUGCCGGAACAGCUUUCAUGGGUGUAUUGUUGUUCUUUGCUUUGCAAAACGAAGGCAAAAAUUUGAAGUGGUGGGGUACAGAAAUUGAUCACUGUCCUUUGGCAUCAUGUCCAACUGCACCUGGUAUCGCAGUUAAAGGAUGCCCCGUCUUUAAAUAGACAUGUAAAUGCAAAGUUGGCCUAGUUGUAAGAGAGGAAAAGGAAAAAGAAUAGAGCAGGAAAAGUUCUUCAAAUAACUAGCUUUGUAUAUUUUCACAGGCUUCUUCUUGAGUGAAAUCGAUGGUCAUUCUCUUCAAGUGCCAUGCUUCUGGCACAGUUUUAUGUUCCAUUUUCCAAGUAAUCAAAAAUGUAUUUUCUUGUUUUUCUUA